GCAGCAGCAGAUGCAGCAGCAGCAGCAGCAGCAGCACCAGAUGCAGCAGCAGAUGCAGCAACAGCGGAUGCAGCAGCAGCAGGCGCAGCAGCCUAUGCAGCAUCAGCAGAUGCAGCAGCAGCAGAUGCAGCAGCAUCAGAUGCAGCAGCAGCAGAUGCAGCAGCAGCAGAUGCAGCAGCAGCAGAUGCAGCAGCAGCAGAAGGGCGGCCCGCCGCAGCACCCGCAGCAGCAGAUGCCGUAUCAGCAGAAGGGCGGCCCGCCGCCGCAGCAGAUGCCGUAUCAGCAGAAGGGGGGCCCGCCGCCGCAGCAGCAGCAGGCGCCGGCGAUGCAGGCGCCGCCGAUGGUGGCGCCACCCGGGGGCAAGGGGGACUUCGGCAAGGGCAAGGGGGACUUCGGCAAGGGCAAGGGGGACUUCGGCAAAGGCCAGCAGUGGGGCCAGCAGGACCCGUACGCGGCCGAGCAGCGCCGCCAGGCGGAGCAGAAGCAGCGGGAGGAGGAGUACCAAAGGAAGCAGGAGGAGAAUAGGAAGUGGAGAGAGGAGCAGGAAAAGCGCCGCAAGGAGGAGGAAGAGAAGAGGAAGGCGGAGGGCGCGGCCUGCCAGACCAUCAGGCACUUUGCGUCCGCCUCCAGUCCGCAACCGCUUGCGAAUCCUACCCCUGCGGGCUCAAUCGACGCUGGGGUGUCGGACGGCCCUGCAGGGGUUCGCACUGCUGUGGGCG